AUGACCCAACCGCAGAAGACCAUUGCCGUGGUCAACGGGACAGGCCGACAAGCGGCUUCUCUCAUCCGUGUCGCGUCCGCUGUCGGAUACUCUGUCCGUGCGCAAAUUCACACCCUCAAAGGAAUCAUCGCUCCAGAGCUCCAGCAACUACCAAAUGUCACCCUCCUGCAGGGCCCGCUUCUCGGCAAUGUCGCGUUGAUGGAUGAGCUCUUCAAGGGCGCCCAACUGGCCUUCAUCAAUACCACGUCUCAGUCCGGCGACGAGGUCGCUAUCGGUCGUGAUCUCGCCGAUGCCGCGAAACGUGCAGGCACCAUCCAACACUACAUCUAUAGCAGUAUGCCGGAUCAUUCUGUUCAUGGCCCUUGGCCCGCUCCUCCCCAGUGGGCGCCCAAGUUCACUGUCGAGAACUAUAUUCGCCAGCUGGGUAUGCCGUCGACUUUCGUCUACGCCGGUAUCUACAGUAAUAACUUCACGAGCUUGCCUUAUCCUCUCUUCCAGAUGGAGCUUCAACCGGACGGGAGCUUCGAAUGGCGUGCGCCUUUUGAUCCCGAUAUACCCUUGCCCUGGCUAGAUGUCGAGCACGACGUGGGUCCGACUCUGCUACAGAUUUUCAAAGACGGCUCUAAGAAAUGGAAUGGUCACCGCAUUGCAUUGACCUUUGAAACGCUCUCCCCAAUACAAGUGUGCGCCGCGUUCUCGCGCGCCCUCGACAGGCCAUUUCAGUACAUCCGCGUCCCCAAGAUCGAAAUCAAGGUCAAUAUCCCGCCUGGAUACAGGGAACAGCUUGAGGCGCUGGAAGAAUUGUUCGGCCGCUACGAUGCCCCCUACCUGCCUCAGCCGGAGUUCUCACAGCCCCCCGCCGGCUCACCGAAGGGUUUGGGUCCUGCCGGUGGAAAGGGUGCUGGCGCGGGAAUGAUGCAAGGGCCUGGCGGUGUUAUCUCGCUGCGCGUGACGGAUGAGGCCCGAUCUCUCUGGCAGGGAUGGCGGGAUAUGGAAGAGUAUGCACGGGAAGUGUUCCCCGUGGAAGAGGAGGCUAAUGGCUUGGAUUGGAUGCUUUGA